AUGACUUCUCCACUCAUUCACCUCAAUGGAUCUCCUUAUCAUGAUUUUGUUCGUCGCCCAAACGAUAACCACGAUGAAACUAGAGAAGCAUCUCGCACGCCAAUGACAAUGAUUGAUCGAGACGGCUUUAUACUAUGUGAGACUGAAGACUUUCGCCUUCUCUACCAUAUAGUACUCCGAAACGAUACCCUGGCCCUGAGGCAAUAUUUGACUGUCGCACCUUGGGCUGUCGACCGCAUGGGUGCGCGACCCGAGAUAUACGAAGGCAAUGAUUACUUCUUGCUCGCGACCCAGAAUGGAAACCUCGGCGUCCUCCAAAUUCUUCUAGAGCAUUACACGAGAAAUCACGAUUUCACCGAUGAGGUCCGUUUCAAAGAGCGAGGUUACCAGCUGCUGAAUGAGGCUGCAAGGAGGGGCCAUAUUGAGAUCGUACAAUUCUUGCUCAAAGGCCAGCCGUUAUAUGCGGGGAUUCACGAGCGUGAUUGCAAAGGCUAUACUGCGCUAGGAUCGGCUGCCGACAUCCAUUCUGUCAGGUAUAAUAACUCGGCCGACUGGCGAGAUGUUUGCGUCGACAACAACGAUAAAGUCAUGAAUCUUCUCCUUGACUGCGGUGCCAACGCUUCUGAUACCGUCCUCCCGAUGAACGAUUUGGAAGAGACACCUGAUACCGUUCUGACCUUGGCCGCGCAAUGGGCAAGCCCCAAGCUUAUCAAUCGACUCAUCGAAGGUGGCGCUGACAUCCAAGCCAAGGUGACAAAGUUUCCGUACGAUCUAGGAUUCUGGAAUGAUCAUGGAGACAUUUGCGAUAUCAAUGCAUUUUUAAUGGCUUGCAUUAGCGCCAACUAUAAAGCUGUUCAGAGCCUGCUUGGUAUUCCAGGCGCUGACCAGGCAGACAUGGUAUCCUCUCGCGAUAGUCGUGGAAGCCUUCCUAUCCACUGGGCCACAAGAAACCAGUUGCCAGAUGAGCUUCAGUACAUCCCGAUAUCGAUACUUGAGGGAAGAGUGCACCAUAUCGCAAGUACCAUUAAAUUACUCCUAGAGAUAAAUCCGGCUACUGUGAAUAUCCAAGAUGAAGACGGAAAUACACCCUUGCAUUAUGCAACUGAACAUUUUGGUCGGAGCGGCAAGUCAUAUGCAGGCAUUUUUGAACUCUUAUGUCGAAAAGGCGCCGAUGCUGGUAUACGCAACACACAAGGCCAAAUGCCCUUGCACACCUUGUUCCGCCGCGAUGGCUCCAACAUGCCUGUCGAGGCUACCGCUGUAUCUACUUUACUUGCUCACGGCGCCAAUGCUACGGAUGUUGACAAUGCCGGAAACACACCCCUGCAUGUUGCCUGCUGCAAUGCAAUCUUUGGAGACGCUGUCUCAGUCUUGCUUCAGCAUGGCGCUGACCCUACAGUGCCAAACUUAGAACAAGAGACACCUAUUCAUAUAGUUGCGCAAUUUUAUUGUCCUCCAAGGGCUUCCCGCAGCAAAGCCAAUGAGGUCAUGAGGGCACAAGAUGAUAUGCUGGAUAGGCUGGUGAAAGCUAGAGGAACAGAGUUGAUGGACCUUAAAAAUACAGCAGGAAAAUCUGCGCGACAGAUAUAUCAAGAUUCUCGGGCGAAGUCGUUGGAGGGCGCGAGUGGAAACAGAAAUAGAGGUCAGGGUCGUGGGUUCACCUUGAGGCGCUAA